CCCGGUCGCAAAUUUGAGUCCGUUUCGGGCAUCAGAAAACUAGAGAUCCCGAAGGUAAUCGAUCUUCUGCUUCAAUCUCCGAAUUCGCCCAAAAUCCAGAGAGAGCGUUCUCCAAUCAAAUCUCUCGUCAGAUCUCGCCAAAAAUCGCUGCUCAAGCUUGAUUCACUUCAGCUCUGACUUCGAGUUUCGAACUCCGAGCUUCUCCAUAUCUAGGUGUUCAGAAAGCGGAUUUUAGUGGCGCUUUGUGGAUGAACGCAGGUUUAGAGGUAAUUGAUUUUGAGAAUUUGAAAGCCAAGAUGAAUCUACAGCAGAGUGCACAUCCUAGAUCUUCUGUCAAUGGCUAUGGUCGUCGAAAAGGUGAUAGAGAGAUAGGCCCCAAGGCUGAGAGUAAAAUGCAUACUGGGAAGGUAGCCUCUAGCAGCUUGGGUACUGCAGAAAAUGGAGGAAAAUCAGGAAGUGUAAUAAAUCCUUCUCGCGAUCGGUUGAUAUAUGUCAUCUCAUAUCUUAUUGGCCUCCGUGUGGAAGUCCAUGUGAGGAAUGGGUCUAUUAUCUCUGGAAUAUUUCACGCGACGAAUGCUGAAAAAGAUUUUUCAAUUGUUUUGAAGAUGGCUCAAGUGAUUAAGGAUGGUUCUGUCAAAGGACAUAAGCCUGUCCCUGAGACCGUAAAAAAGCCUAUGGAUAUGAUUAUACAAGCAAAAGAUCUUGUUCAAGUUGUAGCAGAGGAUGCACCUUUGAAUAUCGAGGAAUUCUCAAAUGCACAUCCUCGUGAUAAACGCAAGGAUCUCAUGAUAGACUCAGCAAUAUCCCACUCUCAUCAUCUAGAGGCGGAGAGGGAGCUGGAACGCUGGACUCCUGAUGCAGAUGAUCCGGAAUGUCCUGAACUGGAAGAUAUAUUUGAUGGAACUUGGAACAGGAAUUGGGAUCAGUUUCAGACAAACGAAACUCUAUUUGGAGUGAAGAGUACGUUUGAUGAGGAACUUUACACAACAAAGCUCGAGAGAGGUCCCCGGACGAGAGAAUUAGAAAGAGAAGCUACAAGAAUAGCCAGAGAAAUUGAAGGAGAGGACACCCGGGACCUACACUUAGCUGAGGAAAGAGGCAUCCAAUUUGAUGAAGAUUUCGAUGUUGAUGAGGAAAUUAAAUAUUCUGCAGUACAGAGGGAGAUGGAUGAUCAAAUACCUAACAACUACAGUACUGAAAACUUUGGUAGCUCAAAUGGCUCUACAGUUCCCAAAUCAUUUUCUGAUAUCUCCAGAAGUAAACUCGUCGAGGAGGCCCAUACAUCACCUACAUGUUCGUCUAUGAAUGCGGAAGCUCCUGCUGAGAUUCAUUAUGAUAAAGAUGCACGUCAUUUUGGUUUUGGUUCCAAAGAUGACAACAUACCUUCUGCUGACAUUGUUGGCCAGAAGCCCCAAGCUGUCAAUGACAAGAGCAGGUUGCAUGAGAAGCAGACAAAAAAUGAAGAUAAAGAAAAGAACAUCUUCAAUGAGUGCAUUAAGAGGACUGCACCUGAAAAGGCUCAAGCAUCACAAGAUGAGGUGACACAAUCCUCAGCUGAUGCUGAGAAGUCUUGUUCCAGUACUGUUGCAUCUAUUGCUUCCGCUUCUAGUCAAGAUGUUAAACGCUCUAUUGGUGAAGCUUCUGAUUGCACAUCUGUUGCUAUUGAAGCUGUCGAUCACUCCCAUCGAUCUAGAACUGCUUUGUCAUCUACUUCUGAUCGUAUUGCUGCUGGCUCAGUUUCAAGUGGAUCUGGCCUAUCUCCAAGUUCCUCCAUUGGAUCAUUGUCCUCCGAAAAGUCAACGUUGAAUCCUAAUGCUAGAGAAUUUAAGCUCAAUCCAAAUGCCAAGAGCUUUACGCCGACAGCUUCAUUUAGGCCUCAAGUACCAAUCUCAGAAGGCGCUUUUUACUAUAGUGGUAACAUAUCUGGUGUGCCACCUGUGCACAGUGUACCUAUGAAUGUUGGGAUUGGACCUUCAUAUGGUGGGCACCAGCCUGUUUUCAACUCACAGUCUGCACAAUUACAGUCUCCCCAGGCAUAUAUCCAUCCUAGUGGUCCAAUGUAUGGGCAGCAGAUGAUGCUUGGGCAGCCUCGGCCUGUUUAUUACAUGCCGGCAUAUCCACCUGAAAUGCCAUAUAAAGGAAGAAACUUCUAAUGGGAUCGUGCAAGGUUUUUUAUCGAAUGGUGGCUGUUAACCUGCUCUGAGUGCUUAUAACUUGUUUGGACAACUGGUGAACCCGGAUUAAUCAUUGAGUUGCAAACACUGCAGAAACACCUAAAUCAAUUGAUAUAGCAGUUGGUCACUCUGUAUUCACUAACUUGUGCCAUGUUCGUGUGGGUUCUGGUGUACUUUACUUCCCAAUACUUUUGGAGAUGUAAUCAGUGGUUUUUCUUGUAAAAAGUCUUAAUAAAUUAGGAAAGAAUGAGUUUGCUAUAAAGAGUAUUAAGCUCUUCGAGCAGAUUUCUAAAGUUCUUGUGUGUA